UGCUGGCACUGGAAAGGAACUCUGCAGAAAGAAACCCAUCUAAAAGAGACAGGGAAAGGGGAGGGGGGUGGAUUUGAUUACAGACCGGAGGAUGAGGAUGCAGUGGGAAUGGCAUGUUGUAGAGGAAGAAAAAAGAAAACAAACAAGAGGACAGGCUGUUUGAUCAAGGUCUAAAGAUGUAGGAGCUGCAUCCGAGGAAGCAGGCAGUCAGUGUGUCUGUGAACGCACCAUCACAUCAGGGGACUUGUUGUGGUUCAAGGAUAGUGAAGGUGGAGAGGUGCAACCCGAGAAGUCCCCUUCCGCCACUUCCACAGAGGAUGACAGAUUAAUCCUUAUUCAGCAAGGAGCGAAGAAUCACCCCGAGGAUCAGAUGUUGUCCACGGCUCAGCAGAUGCUUCAGGAUAGCCGCUCUAAGAUUGAGCUGAUCCGACUGCAGAUUAUCAAAGUCGCCCAGGCUGGCAGCAGCAGCAGCAGCAGCAGCAGCGGUGGUGUUGAUGGUGGUGGAAACCCUAACAGCUCCACUCAUGGAGGUCAGAGUGCUGGGACAAGGAUAUCUCCCCUCGCUGCGAGUCUCGUGGAUGCUCGCUUGGUAGAGUUGCAGCACUAUGUGCAGAGGGAGUCAGAUGCAUUGGUGCUGGCCAAAGAUGUGGUGAAGGAGCUUGAAGGGAUCUCAUCGUUGGACCAGAAGGCCCUGGCUGAGGCUCAGUCUCGGGUGCAGGAAUCCUCCCAGAAACUGGGUCUUCUGCAGCUUUCCCUGGAGAAAUGCCUGAAGGAAAAGAACCAGGAGCCUCUACAGCAGCCUGCAGGAGGGGGACCUCCUUCUACCCAAAACCCCACAACUGGGUGUCCCCUUUCCACCUCGCCAUCCGUCUUCUCCAUCAGACCUGCCUCCUUAACCGGCAAACUUGAAGUCCGGCUUCUUGGAUGUGAGGAUUUACUGAAACCUCUGGGAGAUUCAGAGCAAGAAGACCAUCCAAACACUGCAGAGACACCAGCUACUCACAAACCAGACGGACCUCCAGAGAUCAGUGGUGUGCUCAGGCUGGACGGCAGAGUGGUCGGCCGGACGCGCUGGGCAGCCAUCAGCAGGCUGAGCUGGGACCAGACGUUCUACAUCCAGCUAGAGCGGUCCCGGGAGCUGGAGGUCGGUGUCUUCUGGCGGGACCGGAGGGCGAUGUGUGCAGUCAAGUUCCUGCGACUGGAGGAGAUGAUGGAAAACCCAAUCAUCAACCAGGGGAUAACUUUAGAGCCACAGGGCCUCCUCUACACUAAGCUUCGAUUUAUUGACACUGUGCUCGAACGGCAGCCAAAGCUGAGACGUCAGCGGUGCAUCUUCACUAAAGAGAGAGGGAAGAACUUUCUCAGAGCAGCCCAGAUGAACAUGAACUUUGCCACCUGGGGUCAUCUGAUGAUGAGCAUCCUCCCUCGCUACAGCUCCUUCACCACAUUCAGCUCAUCUUUCUCUGCGACCCCUGACCUGGUGGCCAACAACGCGCCCCAUGCAACUGAAAAGGAGCCUCAAACUACCACUUCACUGCCAAGCGAAGCUCCAGUAAUCAGACUGAGCAUCACUGAGGAUCAGCCCUCUCCCACCAUCCUCGACCAGGAAGAAAACACAGCUGGCAUCAUCAGUGCAGUGCACCGAACAUCAUCUGUGCCCGCACUGCAAGAAAAACUGUCCUCCAUAGAAGAAAGCGAAGAUCAGCCUGUAUCUGCUCUAAAGAUGCAGGUGGAAGAUUUUAAAUAUAUCUCAGUUCUUGGCAGAGGACACUUUGGGAAGGUCCUGCUGGCAGAGUUUAAGAAGACCGGAAAAUUGUAUGCUGUCAAAGCUUUGAAGAAAAGAGACAUUGUGACUCGUGAUGAAGUGGACAGUCUUAUGAGCGAGAAGAGGAUCUUUGAGAUGAUCAACGCGUCCAGGCACCCGUUCCUCGUCAACCUCCACGGCUGCUUCCAGACCAGCGACCACGUCUGCUUCGUCAUGGAGUAUUUACCCGGCGGUGACCUCAUGAUCCACAUCCACAAUGAUGUGUUUACCGAGGCUCAGACCAGGUUUUACUCAGCAUGUGUCCUGCUUGGUUUAGAGUUCCUGCAUCUGAAUAAAAUCAUCUAUCGAGAUCUGAAGCUGGACAACCUGUUAAUGGAUGCAGAUGGAUUUGUGAAAAUCACAGACUUCGGACUUUGUAAAGAAGGGAUGGGACACGGCGAUCGGACCUCAACUUUCUGUGGGACUCCUGAGUUUCUUGCUCCUGAAGUCUUGACAGACGACAACUAUACGCGAGCAGUGGAUUGGUGGGGGAUGGGCGUCCUCAUCUACGAAAUGCUUGUUGGAGAGUCUCCGUUCCCUGGUGAAGAUGAGGAGGAGGUGUUUGACAGCAUCGUUAAUGAUGACGUGCAGUAUCCAACCUGCAUUCCUCCUGAUGCUGUCGCCAUCAUCCAGAAGCUGCUGAAGAAGAAUCCACUGAAAAGGCUCGGAGCUGGAGAGAGGGACGCAAACGAGGUCAAAGGAGAGAAAUUCUUUGAGACCAUCGACUGGGAAGCCUUGCUAGCGAAGAAAGUAACGCCGCCCUUCCUGCCGUCGAUCAAGGAGCCCACUGAUGUCAGCAACUUCGACAGCGAGUUCACUCGACUCCAGCCAACCCUGUCGCCUCCCUCCAAGCCCUUCAGCCUCUCCGCCGAGCAGCAGGAAGCGUUCGCGGACUUUGACUUUUGCGCCUUGCAUGGGUGAAAUUUAAACUGACAUGACCGCAGGGGUAAAUUACAACCAGAAUGUCCAUGUUAGUGUCCGCACUGGCAGGUAACCCACGUUUAUCAUAACCACAACCCUCCUAUGGCAAGCUACUUUAUUUAUAUAUUUUUAGAUAAAAAGCAUUAAAAUGCAUUAGUAGGGGUUUACAAGAACAAUGACAGGACUUUUAUAUUUUUAUAUUUUGGUCUGCUGUUGUGUUAGUUGAUUGGUUAAUCAGCCAAUCAUUAAAAUUGAUCAGUUUUGAGUCCUUUAUUGAAUACAGAAGUGAAACAUUUGCAGAUUAUAACUACAGCUGUGAGGAUUACAUUCCUUUUACCAUUUAAUUUCAAUCCCUUUUUAAGGCCUGACUUCAGACUUGUGAUUGCCAGUGGCCUGUGAUUGAUACCUUUUGACAGCUUAGAGAUUGUAAAUAAAAACUACAAAAAAACGAAUGAGUAGGUUAAAGGAAUAGUUCAACAUUUUGAGAAAUAAGCGCAGAGGCUCAGACAGUGAUAUCAGUCGAUUUUGAGACUCUGCACUUUACAGAUUUGGUUGCACUUUAUUUUACGCCGCACUGAUGAGACUUAACAAGGUGGCAGUAAGUUCAAAUCGUUCCCUGUGAGUGCCAAGGCUUCCAUUUGUCAUCCAUUCUGUUCAAAUCUUCUUUGGAUUGAAUUUUAAGGCAUGCACAAAGGAAGGAAGGUGUAAGCAUAUCAGUCUCAGGAUCAUGUCUCUGCUUUUAGUCCAUGAUAUGGCCCCUCUGGCUUCAUCAGGUGAUGAUCUCCAGCUUGCUCCUAGAGCUGAAAAUUAGACCUUAGUUUUGCAGGUUGAAAUGCCCCAAGUGGACUUUUUUGUUUGUCUGGGACUUAUUCAGCAGUGCAGAUACUGUACCAGUUUGUUGUGGUUGAGCUACUUUCAAAGGGUGUCUGGGCUCAGCCUUAGAGAUACAGUGAGGAGUUUAGUCAUUCAGGAGCAGCUUAGAGUAGAGCCAUUACUCCUCCACAUGGAAAGGAGCAAGGUGAGGUGGUUUGGGAAUCUGACCAGGAUGCUUUUUCAACACAUCCUAGUUGAGGUAUUUUAGGAAUGUCUAACUAGGAGGAGACCCUGGAGCAGACCCAGGACAGGCUGGAGGGAUUAAAUCGCUUGGCUGGCUUAGGACUUGUCUUGGUGUCCCCCCCAGAAGAUCUAAAGGAAAAGGUUUAGACUGCUGGCUGGCUGGAUGGAUGGGUAGGUGGGUGGAUGUCAAAUCCCUUCCGGCCUGGAUGUUGUUGUGAAGUCUGUAAAUGUAAUAUAAUUAUCUGAUCAGAUACAGGUCAUAAUUCAUGGAUGAUUGUCCAUGGUUGUCAAUGUCCAUACUCAUAUUAUGAGUAUUUAUUUUCUUGUCUUAUUAGUGUGCCAUAAAAUAAAGUGCGAGCAUAAAUCUUGCUUGAUUCCAGCUCAAUGAAAGUUUCCCAGCCUGUCUUGAUGCUGACUCUAAAUGUUUCUGCAGCUCCACCAUGUUCAAACUGAUCCCAUGGCUAAAAACGCUGACUGUUCACGCUAUCAUCGAUCUGACAGCACAACAAAGAUAAAUAAAUAACCAGGCAGCAUCAUUUUUUUGUGUUUCUGACUGAGCAAACAAAGUGAUAAUGACCCUUUAUAAUCUCUGCAGAGAGCCAAAGUUUGCCCGGACCGCCAGCCUGCUCUCACCUCCUCCUGCUGUUAGUUUAUUUCGGAGAUCUGGUGAAAGGUUGAAACAAAUCUGAUAGAGACAGACACGGGAUGCUUGAAGAGUCUAUACCUUUAUCACCUCUAGAUAAAUAUGCAAUGUGCAGAUCAAAAACAGGAGGUUCAAAAUAUAGUUCUGAAUUUACAGUAGCUAAACUCUGAUAAUAGAUUUUCAUUUAAACUGUUGAGAGAAAUGCUGAACUACAAAUAUUCUGGCUUGUAUCAACUAAGCCCUCACAUGUUGUUGUUACAACUUCACCUCAUGUCGCUGUUAUUUCCUCUGCGACACUACACGGGUUUUUCCUUUAGUGGCUACGUCAGAGGGUUGUGCAUAAAACCAGGCAUGUGCAGCUGCCUGCUGUGGCGAUCCCUUGUGAAGUAGCUUUGUUUUACACUAAAUGGUUUUUGUAAAUUUGCCUCUAAUACAGCAACAAUUUGGGUUCCUUCAUGUUUAUUUAUAAAUGAAUGAAGUGAAUAACUGUCACACACUUCCCCAAUUGUUCAUUCUCACUUGAUCGUCAGUGCCAAGCAAUUACCACAUGCAUGAAAGACGAAAUGUCUCAUGUAUGAUGACAUGAUAUCGCACAAGCAUGAUGAUAUCACACAGGAAAGCUACAAAGAGGAAGACAGCAGCGCUUUGCGGUAACUUACACAAAAACACUGAAGAAGACUCAAAUCAAAUCGACAGCCUGAAAAUUAACCAGUCUUAAAAAAUGUGUUUGAGCAGCAGAUAGAUCCCAUCUAAACUUUAUUAAAAUUAGUAAAAAGGAACACUAGAUUAUUCCAAAGGAAAAUCAUGAGCCAUCCCAAAGCCAUCUGUCAUCCAAGUCCUGAUUUUAACACUAAAGAAACCAAAGCUAGGAGAUAAUCAAAAGCAACAAAUUUAGUAGUAAAUGUAGGUAAAAAGCUGACUUCAUAUGCUAUAACUUGUUCUGAGCAGCUACCUAUCCCACGUGGUAAGAUGACCAUUUGAAGGUUUACCCAGAAUGCCCUUUUUGAAAUUUGAAAUCAUCAGAAAACAGUUGAAACAUCCAGGUAACAACACUUGUUUCUGUUCCUCUCCUGUAUGCCACGGACACAUUAAACCAGAGCAGGUUUACUAUUGAAACUAUGAUCAUUUACAUGAUAGUGAAGUUCAAAUUUUGUGACAGAAAACUGAGUAUAGAAUUGAUCUGAAAAUGUCCCGUGGAUAUCUCUGGUACUUAUAAAGUUUGAAGUGGGCCUGUAAAUGUGGACGUCAUAAUUAAACAAUCAGCUGAUUCUGAAGGGGUCAGGUGGGAUUACCUCCUGGUUCUUCCUGAUGCAUCAUAAAUGUGCUUUCAGUUUGAUUAUGUCCACUCAGAUGAUAACAUGGAUAAACCUGGGAGCAUAAAGUCAUCUUCAUAGCCUCUUCAAGCCUCCUGUGCGCUGGCGACAGAUGGAGCUCGCUCUGUGGCCUUUGCUUAUUAUUUUCUUCUCCUGCAGAGGUUCAGUAUGUGCUGCCGUCUCUAUGCACUGUGACAGGCUUUGCCCACUGCCUUGACCAAACAGAUGAAACAAGCUACUCUGACUUCUGGUUUCAAAACCUUUAAAAAAAGAAAGUGUUAAUUUCAGUCCAACAUGUGUGAAGUCAUUCCUUCGUCUCUGUUACAGCAGUAGGAAGCGCAUGGCACUGUGGUGAACUCGUGCACUAGAAAAUCCUGUAAUCACUAGCAGUAUAAAAGAAGCCAUAGAUAAUCUAUUAUAGCCAUACUAGUGAUAAAGUAUCUGUAUUUUGAAUUUAGUGACUCAUAUUUAGUGAGCUCUACUGAUAUCAAGGCAAUAAAAAAUAAAAAGAGGAGGAAAAAGCCCUGAUUUUGUUCAUGUGCUCCUAGAAAUCCUGGAAUUUGCCUGCAGCUGGUGACGAGCUGGGGUUCAGAUGAGGCCUGGGGCUUUAAAGAGUAACUUAACACUAAAUCCAUCGUUUGAUCAGCAGCAUUUCAUAUUCAGUCAUGUUUACUGUACAGGUCACUGAUCCGGUUUCAGAGAGAUAUUGACGGCCUAAGCACGAGACAUCCAUGAAUAUUGUUUUCUGGGCUAAAUCUGGUCAGUGUGUUGCCGGCUUAAAAAGACUGACAUCCAAUAAAGUGAAAGGUGAAAUGUCUUUUCAGGCUAUUACAAAGACUUGAAUUCACAGUCACAGUUACUGAGGCCAAAAUCCAGUCGAAUUAGGUUCAGAAGUGAGCAGCAGAUUACUCUAGCAAGCUUUCAAAACUGCAUACAAGCCAUUAAUUUGAGCAACUCAUUGACAAAAUUAGAAGUUUACCCAAAGGGUGAAUGGGAUUUUCUCCUGAUUUCUGUUUUUUUUUUUUCAAUAAGGAAAGUCAAAGUUACAACUUCAAACCUUCAGAGCUUCUUUAUCACAUUUUUAUUGUAAAACACCAGAUAAUUACAAAGAUACUUACUAUGACACACUGAAGGGGCUUUGUGUCAUGUUCAAGACUUGAGUCAGGACCUAAAUGCGAGCAAAAGAGGAAAUGAAUAAAUCAAGGGGGCGUAUUUAUUUAUAACAUUAAGGCAAAAAGUUGGGCGUGAACUCAAACCCAGGCCCCUGUUGUAGCCUUUGGCAUAUAGGUCACCUGCUCAACCAGGUGAGCCGUAAUGUGCCAAAGUGGAACUCCACUGGUGACAGCACCAGAAUAAAAAUGAUCCAGGAUUGGGAGGAAAAAGGGUUUAUUUCACUGAUUCUAGGCAUCUUUUUAACAACUUACGAGUUCCUAUUUUACCUUACAUUCACACCUGUGGUGCAGUAGUUAGCACUGUCACCUUAUAGGCCGGGUUUUAAAUUCAGGGUCGGUGGCUGUGCAUUUCCAUGUUCAUCCUGUAUCUGUGGACCCCGAGUCCACAGAUACAAUCGGGUGUGUACCCUGCCUCUCACCCUGUGAUAACUGGGAUAACCUCCAGGCGCCCUGCAACCCUGACCUGGGUAGGAAAAGAAAGAUGGCUGGAUGAAUUCAAAUAUUCACCCUGACACAUGCUGGGACAUAAAGACUUCUAAAAAAGACAGCUUUCCACCUUUCACAUCUCAGUGCUGUUCAGGUUUUGUUUUUUUUUUUUUAACUGGAGUUAAAGCCCCAAAUAAAGAAAAAUCUGUAUCACUGCAUCAACUUUGCACUGGAGGGGCUGCUUUCCCUCUCUCAAAUAUUGUUUUGCAGUUAUUUAACCAUAGCACACACCAUUUUGAUCAUAUAAAGGGAUGUAUUCAGGGUGUUAUGUUGCUCUUUAACAGCUCUGAAGGCCACCUCUGAGCAGGACACUGAACGCUGCACUUGCUGUCAGCUAAUUUAAGAAACCAUAGCAGGGCAGUCAGGUGGUUUAACUGUUGUAGCACUUUAAGUUUAUGCUGCUGAAUAUUACAUGUUACUUCUGUGUCAGUACUGUAUGUAUUUAUGUACUCUAUGUAUGUACGUGAAUCCUGACUGGGAAUGUCAGUGUGUACAGAUGUACUCUAUAACGAUAUGCAUAUCAUCUGUGUUUUAAUGUACUCUUUGCUGUCAAUAAAUACAAACAGAACAUUACAGUUAAAACUUGGUAAAAAAAUGAACUUACUGACAUCAGUUUACAGGCAGGUACCAAACAUCAGCAGGUUUAAAGGCAUUUAGUGUAAAUAAUGUGGGGUCACCACUCUCAUCACUUCACAGCAGGGAUGUCAAACUUAUUUAAACUCCCUUCUGUCAGCGUUACGAAUUUCACACAUGGACCAGAUUGGAGUCUUUGCCGAGCCAAUUCUGGCCCCCGGGCCUUAUGUUUGACAACCCUGCUUUACAGAGAGCAGUGACCAAACCUGAGUGUUUCAAUCACAUGUAGUGCUUAUUUCUGUCUUCUCUUUUAUUCAACUUAAAAAAAAACCAAACAACUUAUGUGCCACUUGUACACUGAUAUUCUAAACACCACCUAACUUCAAGGCAAGAGAGCUCAGUUUGACAUUCAGAAAAUACUUAACAUGGAUCUGCUUUUCCUUCUUUUCCUCUUUCUGACUGAAGAGUCAAAUAUAACUGAGAGCCAAAAGCUGAGAUUUCAGACUGCACUUAAUGCUCAGAUUCAAACUUUUCUUCUGUUCUUGGAUUCAUGUGAUGUCAGAGUUUGUAUAUCCCUAAUAUAUGAUGAUGAUGAUGCAGCGUGGUUUGCUUUGUGACUGGUGUCCUGUUUUCAACAAGCAAAGACGAUAGCUAGACGAAGAAUAACUCUUCAUUAAGUGUUCAGGAAUUAAGUGUUCAGAUGUCCUGUUUAUGGGGGAAAGUGUUUAAGACGAGCCUUUGCAAACCAGUGGUCACAUCACAUCAACUAAAUCCAACUUCUAUACACAGCCUCUGCUCUUUUAGCUUAGAAGCCCCGCCCACUGGGUGUUCAAACCUUCUGUUUGCAGAUAACAGCCAAACAGAAGACAGCUGGUUUAAAGAGGGAGGAGCUAAAGCAGCUUGUUUCAGACAGAGAAUGAACUGAGAGGCUGUACCAAAGAUUAUUUUGAGCCGUGAAUCAUGGAAAGCUAGUCUAGAAUCCAAGAAUAAAAAUGAGCCCUUUAAUGUGCCGUUAACACUAAGUGCAUCUUUUGGUUCAUAAAAUCACAGGCAGCACUAACGAGGGGCUGAGACUGAAACAAGGUCCAACUCCAGUUAUCCUUUCCAUAUUAAGAGAUAUGAAACUAUCAACAGUUACGACUGCGUGCAGAAUAUCAGGUUAUUUUUAUUUAUUUAGGUCCGCUGACCUUCUCAAAGUGUAGCUGGAAUAAUCAAACGGUGCCAGUGACACACGUCAAAAACACCCCCACACGCAAACCCGUGACGUCAGCUGUUGCGCAUCACACGGUAAAACACCAACACUGAACGUGUGUUUCAAUGCUAACUGUAAAUACGGGUAAAGGGAUUGUGUUAAGGCAACACUGCGCACAGAUACCUCUGAGGUUUGGAUUAAGUUGUUACAUGAAAACAAGUCCGAGUUUCCAGCCAAGAACAGGAAACUGCUGGGAGCACCAGAGUGAUUACAAUCCUCCUGAGACGGUCCGCGUUUCAGUCCAAAAAGUUUCCUUUUGAUUUUUGUAUCUGGAUAAAACAAUUAAAGACGAACACUUUCUCAUUCUCCUGUCUUCAUCUUUGUGA